UCAAUUAAUUUGUAAACAUAGUCUUGUUGCCUUGACAUUUGUAAACAAGUAUUUUGCUUUCAUCUAUAAAACAUCCAUAUAGAAUAAAAGAAGGCAACUAAAAAGAUUAUAGUUUAAUAAUUUUAAUGACGUUUUCUAUUAAAUUUACAUAAUAAAAAGUAUUAAUUCGUAUGGUAGGGUUACUGUUACCAGACAUGAACAACUUGGCGUUAUCCACCAAUGGAACAAAGGUCGUGAUGGCAAGUUCUACAGAUGAAAAGUAUCCGCCAGAAAACAUUAUUGACGGGAAGUCAGAUACAUUUUGGACCACAACAGGAAUGUAUCCCCAAUGUUUUGUUGUUGCUUUUCCUUCUACCAGCAGUGUGGACUCUGUUAUUAUUAGUUGCUACAAUGUUAAGGAAAUCAGACUAGAAAAAAGUACAAGCAACGAGCCUGUUGAAUUUGAAAAAGUUGGACAAAAAGAGUUAACAGCAAGCAGUGGAGCCCUACAGAAAGAUACCAUCCACAGUGAAUCUUUUGAAGCUAAAUAUCUAAGAUUUGUUAUUACAUCUGGCUAUGAUCACUUCUGUGCUGUGUACAAAAUACAAGUUUCGGGAACAUUAUAUUGAUAUAAAAAAGGCAAAUAAUCAUCACCAAAAAAAAAAAACACUAAUAAAAUAAUCACAUUUCAACAAAGACAUCAGGAAUAGCAGUGUAUUUAAAACGGUAUUUUUUUAUGAUAGAAAUAUGCAUGAACUACAUUGUUUAUGAAAAAAAUCAUAAUCAUUACUAUUACUUGUUUUUAGUUUAUGUAACUGCUAAAUCCUGCUGUGAUCUUGAUAUUUUCAUAGCAUAGGUUUUGUAACUUCAAAUAUAUAUAUAAUGGUUACUAUUUAUACAUUAAUAAGGCUUUAUGCACAUGAAUAUUUGUCUUCAAAUUUCACCCUUUUGGCUUUCAUGCUAAAAUCUCAGUGAAUUAAAAACACACCAAAAAUUUGAGUGAUUUUAAAUAGUUGACUGCUCUUUUUCAGGAGAAGAGAGAAGAUGAAUAGUCAACUAAUCGAAAGUGCUCAGUUUUAGUUUUUUGAAAUUUCAUUGCACCUUUAAUAUGUGAUCCUGUGUGCUUACUCUUCAAUCAAAAUGCUAAAAUGUUAUGAAUUUUUUUUUUACUUAGUUUUUUUUUUAAGUAACGACAAGCAUGUUUAUCACAAAUUCACUAGUAUGCAUUUUUUUUGAGAAGUUUUCAAGUCUCUUUUAGGACCACCAUCAGGUCAACUGAUAACAAAAAA